GACACCAUCAGUUCACCAGAUGGACAAGUUGUGUGUAGCUCUCAUCACACUCUUUUGUGCUGUUUCCUCCAGUCAGGAUGGGAUCUCUGGAUCUGAGGUGGUUCUGUUAGUCAGACCAGGAGACAACAUCACUCUAUACUGUGACUGCAGAACAUCCACUGGUGUAUCCAUCACAUGGUUCAGGAACUGUUCUCAUGAGCACCAACCUACCCUGGUUAUUAGCAUUCAGGACAGUUUUAGAGAUCCGGAGAAGUUUGAAAAUAGUCAAAACCCUUUUCCACGGUUCAAACUGCAAUGGAACCCCUCUAACAACACCUAUGAUCUACUGAUUGAGAACAUCACUGGAUCUGACCUGGGACUCUACCACUGUGGGACUGAGGAGACUAAGCUGGUGGAUGAAGGAGGGAAAGGAGGUGUUAAAAAGAAGGUGUUGUACCUCUAUGGAAACGUCACCAAUAGACUUUCAUUUGAGGUCAUCCCAGAGGUCAUCCAAGUGACUGAAGACUGUGGUCUGUGUUGGAUUCUGAUGUUCAGUCUGUGUCCUGUGUCUGUUCUCCUCUCUUCUCUCCUCUCCUCCUUCUGUGUUUACUCCUUCUGCAGAAAAACAGCUCCAAAUGAGACUUCAGUUCCUCUGAACAGGACGUCGACUAGGGGAAGUGACAGUAGAGAGAAGGAGGAAGAAGACCUGUGUUAUGCCUCAUUGGACAUCCGUCAAGGACAGAAGAGACCAAAGAAGAAGAAUAAAAUCCAGAACUCUGACUUCAGUACCUACUCAGCCAUCAAUACCAUGAGAGUGUGACCUACACCAGCCAUCAAUUCCAUGAGAGUGUGACCUACACCAGCCAUCAAUACCAUGAGAGUGUGACCUAUACCAGCCACAAUACCAGCAGACUGUGACAUAUACUAGCCAUCAAUACCAGCAGACUGUGACCUAUACCUGCAUCCAAUACCAGCAGAAUGUGACAUAUACUAGCCAUCAA